AUGAAGGCAAUCAUCACGGCCACUCUCCUCGUCUUGAUUUCGGCUACUGCUUACGGCUACCCGAAGUUAGGUUUCAAUCCCGGUGCCGGAUUCGGCGGUGGCAAUUUCGGCUUCGGAGGGUCUGGUUUCAAGCCAACUGGUGCCGGCUUCGGCACCACUGGUGGCUUCGGUGGAACUGGCUUAAAGCCAGGUGCCGGCUUCGGCUUCGGUGGCUUCGGCAACGGAGGACCUGGUUUCAACUUUGGUACUGGCAACCUCGGCAACGGAGCAACUAGUUUCAAGCCCGGUUCCGGAUUGGGAGGUGGCAGUUUCGGCUUUGGAGGACCUGGUUUCAACGCCCCUGGAGCCGGCUACGGACUCGGUGCUGGAUUCGAAGGUUUUAAGUCAAGUGCCAGCUACGGCUACGGCAGUUUCGGCUCCGGAGGACCUGCUUUCAAUCCUGGUGUUGGCUUCGGUGCUGGAUAUGGCCAAGGAUUCGGCGCUGGCUUCGGCAAAGGCGGUGCCAGUAAUGGCUUCGGGCUUUACUGGAGCCGUCAAUGCCGGUCUCCGGACCCGGCCAGGAUCACGGCCACCCUCCUCGCCUUGAUUUCGGCUACUGCUUACGGCUACCCCAAGUUAGGUUUCAACCCCGGUGCCGGAUUCGGCGGUGGCAAUUUCGGCUUCGGAGGGUCUGGCUUCCAGCCAACCGGUGCCGGCUUCGGCACCAGUGGUGGCUUCGGUGGAACUGGCUUGAAGCCAGGUUCCGGCUUCGGCUUCGGUGGAUUCGGCAACGGAGGACCUGGUUUCAACUUUGGUACUGGCAACUUUGGCAACGGAGCAACUGGUUUCAACUCCGGUUCCGGAUGUGGAGGUGGCAGCUUCGGCUUUGGAGGACCUGGUUUAAACGCCGCUGGAGCCGGCUACGGACUUGGUGCUGGAUUCGGAGGUUUUAAGUCAAGUGCCAACUACGGCAGCUUCAGCUACGGAGGAACUGCUUUCAAUCCUGCUGCUGGUUUUGGUGCUGGAUAUGUGCGGGGCUUCGGCGCUGGCCUCCGAAACUUUGGCGUCAAUUUCGGCUAUGGACCCUACUGCUGA